UAAGCUGAAGAGCAAGUCACCACUUCCUCCUAUGUGUGCCUCCUCCACAAGCACAAAUAAAACAAGCACAGAAAAACAUGAAGCUCAGUCUCUGUGUUGUGGUCGUCAUGUUUCAUAGAAAUCAAGCAGCUCUGCUCUCCAUUCAGCUCCUAGCUGUGUGUCAUGUCCGUGCAGCGUCAGAUAAUCAUGUACAGGUACAGGUGGUCAGAGGAGACCCCGUCAUCUUCAACUGCAACAUAUCGGCGGGAAACUUAACACAAAUUAACUGGACCAAAGGCAAAUUUCUUUUUGCCCAUAGGAUCUUAGGAAAUUCCACUUUUUCAAAUUUCACCUACCAAAACGUGACAAUAGAACCUUGCUGUCUUUCAAACCUGAGUAUUUCGAAUGCUCAGCAUGAAGACACAGGACUUUACAAAUGUGUAAUGACCUACACACGUGGUAUAACGACUACUACAUGGAAUUUAACUGUGCUUGAGAAACAAAAAGCAAACACCCUACCUCUUCCCCUUUGGAUUUUAAUUUCCAUACUUGCACCUGUGGUUGGAUUGUUUCUGUGUGGCGUCACUGCCGCUGUCUGCUACCACAGAAAAGUCAGGAGCCGGUCUCCAGAGGACGACUCAGUCCAGGUCCAGUCGCUCCCUCAGUCAGAAGCAGAGGUGGUGCUGCGUGUUGGAACAGAUGGACGGAUGAAUACAAAGCACAGGAGUCAGUACAUGGAGAGGCUGAACUCAAUCUAUGGACUUUAAAAUGGCACCUGGAGUUUAAUUUCAAUUUCAAACCCGGUGCUUCAAGUGAGCUGGACAGCUGUUUCAGACUUAUUUAACUUUAAUACAAUCAGUAUCCAUACUUUUAAGGAACUAUAUUUUUAUAUGGUGUGUUAAAUGUUUACAGUAUUAUUGUUGUUAUUUUCCUUUAUUUGUGAUAGGUUUAUUAAUUAUAUGGUGUGUUAAAUGUUGAAUUCUGAACAAUGUUUCAUGUGCUGGCAAUCAAAGGAUUAAGGAUUUAUGUGGACACCAAGAUACCAAGUCUUAAUGUCUUCAUAGAGUCAUGCUUAUGUUACCAGUGAAUACAUUAAUUUAUUAAUAUUAUUAAAUGAACAGGUUUGGUUGUAUCAUUAGACUUUUGUGAUAAAAGCAACGCAAAAUGAAACAAGAGAAGAACAUUUGAAAUUGACUAAAAUGUUGUGGUUCUGAUCAAGAAGUGCAAGUCCAGCUCUUAAACCUUGUUCAGCAGCAAUGUCUCACUGGUUUAAGUGUCAUCAGCAUCAUGCGCACAUUGUUUUC